AUGUCUUUUCAGAACAAUGUCCAAAGAACCACAGGGGAAGUGGCUCUGACAACCAUCUUGCUUUUCCAGAUGGGCAUUGGGACUCUGGCCAAUGUCACCCUCUUCUUCUUUAAUGUCUCUCCAAUCUUGUGUGGACACAAGCAGAGGCUCCCCAACACCAUUCUCACCCACAAGGCUGUAGCCAAUCUCUUAGUUCUUCUCUCUGCUGGGAUUCCCCACAAGAUGGCGGCUUUUGUUUUGAGGAAGCCCCUGUCCAGUCUUGGGUGUAAAUUUGUAUAUUAUGUACACAGAGUAGCUCGCAGCACCACCAUGUGCUGCACCUGUGUCCUGAGCACCCAUCAGUUCUUCAUACUCAUCCCAGAGAGGGCGGUGUGGACGAUGCUCAGAGGAAGAGCCCCCAAGAUCAUUGAUCCUUCCUGUUGUAUCUGCUGGAUGUUCAGUGUCUUAAUGAAUAUCUAUGUUCCUGUGAAAGUCACUGGUUCACAGGACACAGGAAACAGUAGUGACAUCCUCGGGAAGUGGUUCUGCUCAUCCUCAACUCUGAGUGCAGGCAAUGUCAUCCUGUGGUUUGUCUCCGAUGCCAUGUUUAUUGGUCUCAUGAUCUGGUCCAGUGGCUCUAUGGCGCUGUUCCUGUACAGGCACCACCAGAGAAUGCAGUACAUUCACACCCCCAAUGGCUACCGCAAAUGUUCCCUGGAGACCAGAGCUGCCCACACCGUCCUGAUGCUGGUGGCCACCUUUGUGAACUUUUAUGCGCUGAAUUCCAUUUUUGUGGUUUAUGUCGCUGCCUUUUUAGAUUUCCGUCUAUGGUUGAUAGAGACUUCUAAUAUUUUGGCUUCAUGUUUCCCCACUUUUAGCCCCUUCUUGCUGAUCCUUCGGGAUUCUGGGGUUCCUAGGUCCCACUCUUGA